AUGUUCCCGACGGUGCGCGUCUCAUUCGCGGGAUGCCGCGCGGAGGCGCGUUACGCGGUGCUGCUGGACGUGGUGCCGGUGGAUGGCAAGCGGUACCGUUACGCGUACCACCGCAGUUCGUGGCUGGUAGCUGGCAAGGCUGACCCACCUGCGCCCGCUCGCCUCUAUCCACACCCCGACUCGCCCUUCUCCGGUGAUCAGCUGCGGAAGCAGGUCGUCUCCUUCGAGAAAGUAAAACUUACCAACAAUGAAAUGGACAAGAACGGACAGAUCGUACUGAAUUCAAUGCACCGGUAUCAACCGCGAAUCCACCUCGUCAAAGUGCGCGAGGGAGGGGGACCUAUCACUGACUUGACGCGAGAACAGCAUCGUACCUUCGUCUUCCCAGAAACGGUGUUUACCGCCGUCACUGCUUAUCAAAACCAGCUCAUCACCAAACUCAAGAUAGACUCGAACCCAUUCGCUAAAGGAUUUAGAGAUUCAUCACGGCUGACGGAUUUUGAUAGAGAUCCAAUGGAGUUGAUGUUAAUGGAGCAGCAGCUGCUGCGGUCACCGCUGAGGUUGUACGCGGGAGGCGCGACGAGUGUCGACGAGGAAGCCGAGAAGCGUGCUGCUUGGGCACGCACGCCUCCCGCGCUGCAACUGCUGGCGUUGGGCGGGCGCGCCUGGCCGCCCUGGCCGCAGCCAUUGGCGCUGCCGCCAGACUUGUGGCUGCAGAAGCCCCAGGCGCCGCUGCGAUACUGCCCCUACCCGCCCCCCGCGCACCCCGCGCACUCCGCGCCGCCCGCCGCGCCGCCGCAGCGCGCCGACCACUCUCCAACACCACGACAUCCGCUGUGA